AUGUUACGCAACGGGUCGCAAAAGCGAAGCGACCCCGCGACCUCUUCUAGAUCUGGCAAAAUGGCGGAACGAAAUGAUACUUUGCUUAGCUCUACGUCUAGCGCCACUCAUGAAGGAACCGAGUUUUUUUCUGCGAGAUCUGAUAGCCUAGUGGAGAUUCCUCCUUGGAGACAAUCUAGGCCAUCAAAAUCAUCCUCAUCAUUACAUCAGAGUUUAAAAUCCACAAUACCAGCCCGUAUUGGGAGUUUGCGUGGUGGACAAUCAUUUGGCGAAAAACUGGCGGAAGCAUUUAAAAAGAGACAAGAAGAAGGUCUUCAAAAACGAUCUCUUUCUGUGUAUCCAUCUAAAACAAAGAGCCGAAAUAUGCAGAAUCAUGGGGGAAAGGAACUUCCAAGAAUAAACCCUUCUAGGAAAAAUGUUAGACCAAAGGCAGUUAUCCCUGCAGAUGCUGAGAUUUUUGUCAUUAGCGAUAGUGAUAGCGAAGAUGAAAAAGAAAAGGAAAAGGAAAAAGAAAUAGAAAAAGAAAAAGAAAAAGAAAAGGAAAAGGAAAAAGAAACCAGAUACCAAACAAGUUAUGCCAAUGUUAAGUUUGGUGAUAAUGUUUACAAUAGUACUAACCGUUCAGAUCAACAUAAAGAUAAGAAGGAUGAAACUGAAAUUGAAGAUGAUGAUGAUGAUGAAGAUGAAGAUGAAGAUGAAAAUGAAAAUGAAAAUGAAAAUGAAAAUGAGGACGAGGAUGAAGAUGAAGAUGAAGAUGAAUAUGAAGAUGAUGAUGAAUAUGAAGGUUAUAAUAAACAUGAUUAUGAUAGAAAUGAAUAUGACAUAUCCUACAAAGAGUAUGACGAUGAAGCUGAAGACUAUAAAAAACUUGAUAAUGACAUAUAUAACGACGGAAAAAGUGAUCCAGAAGACGAGGAAGAUCAAGAGACUGAAGAAAGAUCUGUUACAGAGUCUCCAAACGAAUUAGAAGAUGAUUCAUCCAUUGAAAUUAUAGAGAUUAGUGACGAUGAAGAUGAACCGCCCAUUAAUAACAAGCCCAAUCCACAGUCAUCCUCUUUGCCACCGUCCUCCGGCUUUCAAGAAACUUCACGCCCUUUCAUUCAGCAAAAUCCUCAACACACUAAUUAUGUAUCUCCCACUCCAGAACCAAUUUACUUGGGGACAAAAAUACAUCAUUCAAAACCUUUUACAGAAUCUCAACCUUCUAAAAAGCCCAAACUCGAGCAACACUAUAAUCCACAAGUUGUUACCCCUAUGAUUACUGGAGAAUAUAUUGCAAACAUUGCAGCCGCUCACGCACAAGCUACUGCUAUUCGAAAUUACAAUGCUGAUCAAUCUUCAUCACAAUUUUGGCGUGAAAUAUAUCCCAAACUCACAAUCAAUCAACAGAGCGAUGCUCGAGCGCUGAUACAACUUGAGUGCGAUCGCAUUAACGCAUUUCAAGCUCGUACUGUUAAAGUCCAAAGAAAAAUCAAAGCUCUUUUCCCAAAACUUAAAGCGUCAAAGACUACUGAAGAAACGGGGUUUCUUUCCGGUCAACUUGUAUCUUACCAAGCCAUUAGUGAUAAAUACCAUUCUACUGUUAAGUUACUUUUUGUUCGGCGUAAUGCGGCAUUUGUAAAGCCUUUAAACUACAAGGAAGAGCUUGAGAAAGUUAGCAAAGAAGUUGCAAUUGUUGAGCGUGAUGCUAAAAUUUUGGAAGAUAAUUUGGAACAGUUUAUAGCAAAAGGGCCAGUUAAAGCUGAUUAUUCUCAGAUUCUGCAACGGGCAAUACACCCACAAAGUCAAGUAUUAUUAACUUCACAACAACAUCAGCAACAGCAACAGCAACAGCAAAUACGGCCUCAAUUGUUUAGCAAUUUACAAAACCAACCUUUAUAUCAAUCUAUGCAACAAAGUCUUAUUCAGAACCAACAAGGUCAACAAGGUCAACAAGCCAAUAUUAAGGAAGAAAUAUCUAAAAAGUUCGCAUCUUAUAUCCAUAAUUAUAUGCAAAAUAAGGAUUCCAAAAAUAUAUCAUCACCAACCACUGGACCAUCAUCAUCCUCCCCUACCCUAUUUCCAGUUAAUAAUAGUACGAACAUAACACCGAAAGCUGAAGCAUCACCCAACACAAAAGAAGAAAUUGAAAACCUGAUUCACAGUAUUACUCCUGAAAAUGAAAUUGUGGAAAUCCCAGAAAAUAUUGGCCGCAUAGAUAAGUUAGAGUCCAAACUCCGUGAUCAUCAGAAAUUGGCUCUUAAAUGGUUGCUGGAAAAAGAAAAUUCAUCUCACCAUGGUGGAAUUCUGGCAGAUGAUAUGGGUUUAGGUAAAACUCUUGAAAUGAUAUCCCUUAUUGUGUCUAAUCCACCCAAAGAUCCCUUAUACAAAACAAACUUGAUUAUUACCCCAGUUGCCGUUUUGAAUCAAUGGGCAUUUGAAAUUAAAAAGCACGUCAAAUCUGCAUAUCGUCUCAAGGUGUUUGUCUAUCAUGGCACUUCAAAAAAGUUAUCUUUUGAAGAGCUUUCUCUAUAUGAUGUUGUCAUUACAUCUUAUGGGAAAAUUAUGAAUCAACACAAAAAUCAUUUUGUUCGCAAAGAGAAAGAGAAAAAGAAACAAUCCCCAUAUAUGAACUCGUUUUGGAACAAAAAUUUCCGAGAUGAAGAUGAAGAUGAUGAUUUAUAUUUGCCAGUGGGUAAUUCACCCUUUUAUCAAAACUCUUCUAUUUGGCAUCGUAUUAUUUUAGACGAAGCUCAUGCAAUCAAGAAUCGCAAAGCUAUUACCUCUGUUGCUUGCAAAGCACUUAAAGCUAAAUAUAGAUGGUGCUUAAGUGGUACACCCAUGCAGAAUACCGUGAUUGAGUUUCAAAGUCUUUUGGGGUUUGUCCGCAUUAAACCUUUUGAUGAUUACAAAACAUUUAUGGAAGAAAUUGGGAAGAAAUUGCAGCGUGAUAGUGGAAGUUAUGACCCAGGUGCCAUUAAAAAGUUACAGGCCGUUAUCAAGUCUGUUCUUUUGCGACGUACAAAGGCAACCAAAAUCAAUGGUCGACCUAUUUUAGAGCUACCUCCUAAAAAUAUCAUUGUCUCAUCCAUUGAAAUGGACACUGAUGAGCGCGAGUAUUAUUCAUUUUUGGAAGAAAGUGCGCGGAAAACAGUUACUGAUCUCAUGGAUCAAAACGCUAUUAGCAAUAAUAUGAGUCAGAUCUUCGUGCUGCUAUUACGCCUGAGACAAGCUAGCUGUCAUGUCAAAAUUGUGGAGAAGGCAUAUCUUGAGAAAAAGAUGAAGAUGAGUGAAUCGCUGGUCGAUGAUAAGGCAGUUGCUGUUGUACGACGCCUGAAUCCCAGCGUUGUUGCACGGGUUUUGCAACAAAAUUUUUACCCAUGUUCCAAGUGUACUGAGGUGCUUGAUCAAGAAGAAAUGGUGAUGGCUGCACCAUGUGGGCAUGUUGUAUGCUUGGACUGUUUGCAGGAGGUUUUUGAAGCUGAUGCAUUAUCGAACGCAUCAAGCAAUAUUUGUCCAUGUCCCCAAUCCGGAUGCCAGGCUCGAUGGUUACGCCGUAACUGUUUUGGUCUUGUUGUUUUUCAAUGGGUACAUGUGCACAAACUUGGUCUGCCACAAAUUGAAUAUUGUCGGCGCUCGUUUUUGUAUCCAACUGAGAGAAAUGAAGCACAAGAGUCAUCUUCUGCAGAAGAAGAAGGGCCUCCUGAGGAUAAGAAAAAGAAUUUACUCAAGGCUGACCCAGAUGCUAACAAAAAGGCAAACUCUCAUACACAUGAAGGUGACUUCAAAACAAAAACAAAUACCCAGCUUCCACCUCGAAGUCUGGCCGCCAAUAGCAAGUAUGCGAGGUCUGGGCCUAUGGUUGGCCCACCGGUUGAGUUUUCGCGGCUUUGGAAAAAGGUAUUCCCACGAGGAUGGGUUGCGUCGACCAAGGUACAGCACUGUUUAUCACUGAUUGCGCAGAUUCGCAAGAUGCAUCCGGGAGAAAAGAUUCUUGUGUUUUCGAACUUUUUAGGAACCUUGGACUGUGUGGAGAUGGGUAUUGGAUAUGAUCUACCUGGGCUACGGUACGCAAGAUAUGACGGAUCUAUGGCUACGGAGCAGCGGCUAAUGGUGAUUGAUGAGUUCAUGCAUGGGGAUCAAUAUGAAGUGUUACUGAUGAGUAUCAAGGCUGGCAACGUUGGUUUGAAUUUGGUUGCGGCAAGCCAUGUAGUUAUUAUGGAUCCAUUUUGGAACCCGUUUAUCGAGGAUCAGGCCAUGGACCGUGCACAUAGAUUUGGUCAAACACGUACCGUAUAUGUGUACCGCAUCUACAUCAAGCAGACAGUUGAAGACCGCAUUUUGACGCUCCAAAAGGAGAAGAAGGAUUUAGUCAAUGCUGCUCUAGAUGAGGGAGAGAUUAGCAAAAUGUCGCGGCUGGACCGCAACGAGUUGCUGUUUCUUUUUGGUGUUGGUUCCCGAAACCGAUAG